AUAGAUGACGUGUGCCUAGUUGGGUCUUUUCACUUCCUGGUGUGCAUGGUGCUGACAGAUAAACAGAGACACGGGAAAACAUGUCAAAGGUAACGUUUAAAAUCACCCUAACGUCGGAUCCCAGACUACCCUACAAAGUAUUAAGUGUACCAGAAAACACACCAUUUACAGCAGUUUUAAAGUUUGCAGCAGAAGAGUUUAAAGUCCCAGCUGCAACAAGUGCAAUCAUUACAAAUGAUGGCAUUGGAAUAAAUCCAGCUCAGACAGCAGGAAAUGUGUUCCUUAAGCAUGGAUCAGAGCUUCGCAUCAUUCCUAGAGAUCGAGUGGGAGGCUGCUAACCUGCAGUGUGUUGAAUCAUCGAGAAGGGGGGGAUCAUUUUCACAUGAUAAUUUUUUAAACAGUUUAUUUAUUUUUGGCAUUCAAACGUUCCACCCAUUUGCUGACACCACAUAAUGUGUCCGUGAAACUACAUGAUGACGACAAGAAUCAGUGUCCAUAAAAUUAGAGGCAAAAAAAGACUACAUUAUAUUGAUUCUAAAAUUGUGGAAUUGGAUGUUACGUUUCAAGGAUGUGUUUCUUGCUGGCAGUACAAACCUUCUUUGUACCUUAAUAAUUGUUGCAUAGAAAAGAAAAAUAACCAAUGUACUGUACACUUAGAUACAGAUCUCCUACCAAGCCUAAGAUGGUUUUUCUGAUGAAACAAACUUUAUGUUGCACUCAUUUUGAUGUUUGUUGAGUUUAAAUGAUGUGACUAUGAAAGUAACACAUUUUAUCACCUUUUUUCAUGUGUACUUUCAAAGAGUGUUUUCUGUGUCUUACAAAAAAUGGAAUCACAGUUCUACAUGAAGGCUGAUUGCUCAUAGUCUGAUUUCAGUGUUGAAUUAAACAUCUCCCAGAGGCGGUAUCAUAUAUAAAGAUGGUGUUCUUUCAUUGUA